CAACGCAACAUAACCUUCUCUUACAAGACUAAAGUUAGUCUGUGAAUAAUUAGCAAUUAUUACAUAACCAGUUAAAAUGAGUGACCAGUUAAAGUUUAUUGUUAAUAAACUCAAUGGACCUCCAUUUAAUAAGAGCUAUAAUUUAAUAUCAUUUGAUUCUAUAAGCCCUGAGGAUUUAUUACAGGUACUAACAGAUGUGUUGGGAGAAGUUGAUGUAGCCAACAAAGUGGAUGUACGGACAGAAGAACCGGAGCAGACCACAGUCCGUCUCCUCACAAUGUUACGAGUACUCAAGUACAAGCCUUCCAGUGAAACAAAUGUAGGGCAGUUUCGUCAAGGUUUGGUCCAGGGGGAGAAAGGUGUCAUUCAUCCCAUUCUAGAAUGGCUGCUCAGGAACUUGGAUGAUCUUAAGAAGAGGGCUUACCUCGCCAAAUACCUCGUGAAGAUAGAGAUACCUCCAGAGAUACUGGGGGAUGUUGACAUUGCUGGCCUGAUGGAGCAGUAUGACAGACUGAUUGAGGACUUUAAGGCCACGCACAAAGAGAGCGAGCGUAUCAAGCUGAGUGGGAGCUCUACUGCGGAACUACGAGCGGACAUCGAGGCCAUGGAAAAGGAACACAACAUCGUGCUCAAGAAAAUAGAACGGCUCCAGAGGAAGGUAGAGAAUGUGGAGAACAGAGAGGUGAUGCUUGAAGCCUGCAAAGAGCUGAGAGUGGAGAGAGAAAGACAGAAGGAUCUAGCCAGUCAGAAGGUUGAGGAAAGUGUGGCAGUUCAGCAGUUGCAGCAGAAGGCUACUAGAUUGAGUCAACAGCUGAGGGAAUUACGACAGAGUUCUCUGGGGGCCACACCUCAAGGUUUGCUACAAAGGCUGGAAGAAGAGACCAAGAUGACAUCCUACAUAGUAACUCAAAAGCUGCCACGAGAGAUAGAGCAACGACAGAAGGAAGUUGAUAUCCUGUCCAUGGUGGCCACGGAACCAACACUUACCAGGAGUAACUUGGAUCUGCUGCAAGCAAAGAUUCAGGUGCUGACGAGUGAAGUGAACGAGCUGGUAGAGAAGCACUUGGCCACCAGUAACCCAGCAGAGGAUAAGCUCGCUCCCUUCCGCCAGCAGGCAGCCAUCAUUGCUCGCAAGAAAGACUCCAUCGCAGAGCAAUUCUCUGAGCUCAAGGCUCAGCACAAUAAGUUGCUCGAGGAGAUCAAUACAGUGACAGAGCAGUUGAGACUGGCAGGGGGACAACAGGGGGUGUUGAGGGGGGAGGAGUUCAAGCGCUACGUGACCAAGCUGCGGGCCCGCAGUUCCAUCUAUAAAAGACAGAGGGCAGAACUGGCACAACUCAAGGCAGAAGGCGGUGUCCUGGCUCGAACUCUGGAUAUACUCAAGGGGAAGCUUUCAGAGCUGGGGACUGGUGAGGAAGGAGAUAAACACCCACAUGUAAUAGAUGAGAAUAUUGACCAUGCAGACGACCUUGUAGCCGACUUGAAGGCAAAAAUAUCGCUCCGGAAGACGCAACUGGCUCCUCUCAUCAAUGAACUGAGGCCCUUGAGGGAGUCUGUACAAACCGUCACAUCUGAGUACGAGGAGAAGAAGAGAGUGUAUGAUCGAGCCACAGCAGCUCUAGACAGUGGCACAGCAAAACUAGAGCAGGAAGUUAAGAAAAUGAGAGAAGAGAGACAGACUGCGGAGUCUGAUCUGCAUCUGACGUCUGCACGUGCAGUCAUGCUGCAAGUUCUGAUCCAGCGUGUCACAGAGGAGGUCAGGCGAUAUGUUGAGAAAGACAACACUCCCACGCUCAGGGACAAGCUGACCCAGAAGAUAGUGCAGCAGGAGAGGUUGAGUAGGCAGCUGAAGGAGGAACAGCAAGGUGUAAGAGUCACUCUGGAGAAGAAGGCGAAGCAGCGACAGUUGUGGAUGGACCUACAGGCACUACUCGAAUGCAAGAAGCAGUGCCAAGAAGAAGCAAAAAAGAAUGCUGGAGUUCUACGCCGUGAGAGAGGAGCAGAAACUUUAGUGCUUCAGUAAUUUGCAACUUGAUAAAUACAAGAUUGUGAAUAAAUUUCUAUUCAAAUAUAAGUAAAAAAUGUUCAA